AUGAGUGGAAGAACAGCAGUACAUCACUUUAAGAAUCUACUUGAUAGAUUUAAUUUGAGAUCAAAAGAAUUGGUUGGUCAAGAUAAACUUAGCAAUAGAUACUACAAACACUACUUUGAGGGAAAAGAGAAAAGAACUAUAGAGUUUUACGAUGGUGUGCCAAAUCCUCGUAUCAUACCGGUACAAUGGAGCAGUUGGCUAGGCUUUAGAAGAGAUGAUGCACCUUCUAUACUCGAACUAGAGCAAGAGGAAUACAGACAAGAAGCUAUCAAAGUCAAAUCAAAGAAACUAGAAGAAGAAGACAAGAAACUUAGACUUCAGGAGAUAUCUGAAAGAGACAAUAAAGAUAAGAUUUAUUAA